AAAUGCACAAAACGGCGGUUCCAAACAGCGUUAUUUCUUGUUUUGUCUUUAUUCGCACUAUUCUGUCUUCAUUUUGCUUAAAAACCAAGUAGCAUAAUUUUGAUGCGAGGAGCAUAAUUCGGGCAUAAUUUCCAAAAAUUUUGAGCAGUGCUACGAGCAUAAUAUGGCAGUUUUACGAGCACAAUCGACAAAAGCCUUGAGUGGAAGAUCGGAGCGGUACGGCUUCUAGUUGUCCCCUCUCCUCCCCCCUUGAACGCCUCGUGACGCCUGUCAUGCUGGCUAACUGAAUGCAACUCUAAUACAGCACAUAGUCGGUUUAUAUACAUGAGUAGUCUUUCACGGACUCUCUAUUUUGUCUUGCGUUCGUCAAGAUCGCAAGCAACGGGUUUGCCCUGGGGGUAAGACACAAGACGCUUCUUAGCGCUGCAACAACCCCACCCACCCUUACCUUAUGGCUGGAAUUGAGUAGGGAGCUAUCAUGUGACGAUAGAAUUAAUCAACAAGCUACAAUUAGAUUUUUGAUGGGAGGGAAAUAUAUUAGCGCACUCUUGAUCAGUCAAAAAUGUCGCUGAUUAUUCACGAUACGAUAUCGUUGACUACAGCGAGUGGAGUCAGCAAGAUCCAGUUGUGUAUUGGAGAUAUUACCAAGCUGCCGAAGGAAGAACAAGCCGAUGUUUUGGUCGUUUCUGCGUUUCCAGGUGACUAUUCACCGACCCCCUCUUCACUUAUUGGUGCCCUAGCCAUUAAUCUUGGCAUCAGUGUCCAUAACCUUUCUGGAGACAAAGAAGAAGAUUUACGCAGACAGUACUUCUGCUGGUGGUCUAGGCCACUUCCUGAAGAGCACAGCUUUAGGAGAAUCCUUUGUUUUGAGGGUGGAUUUGGUAGCCGCGGGAGCACACCACCAAAAGUUGUUGGGGCUGUGUUUCGAUGUCUGGUACCUAUUCUUAGUGGUAAAGACUCUAAAGGAGGGUCCGUUAUAAUGCCUCUCCUUGCCUCUGGAGAUCAGGGCUACUCAAAGAGGCUCAUGCUUAGACUGAUAAUCGACUCUGCAAUACACUGGAUCAAGGCUGGCCUUGAAUUGAAGACCCUGAAGAUUGUCCUGUUUUCACGUCAUCCUGAAAGGCACGACAAGUCACAUGAGCCACUCUUUGAAUGUUUCCAAAAGAUGAAAGACCAGUAUGGAGAUAAAGAGUUAACAUAUGAGACGGAGAUUGUCUAUGAUGUGUACAUGUCUCACAGUCCUAAGGACCAUGACUCAGCCCUUCAGAUUGCAAAGUUCUUAAGGACUGAGAAAAAAGUCAGAGUGUUUCAGGAAUUUCAAGAGCUCAAUGAUAAUGAAUCUUGGCAGGAAGAGAUAUUUGACAUCAUGGGCAAGUGUGCACGUGUUAUUGCAUUGUUAAGCCCGGGUUACUUGGAAACAGAGAGCUGCAUUGAACAGUAUAACAUGGCGUUGUGCAUUAACAGACGGUCACAUGGAACAGUGCUAGCUCCAUUUUAUAUCACCUCCAUAGAUUAUAUGCCGACAUACAUGAGCCUCAUUCAGUAUGAAGAUUGUAGGCCAAAAGAUAAAGAAAAACUCCAAGCAGCUAGUAAUGAUGUGGCAGAUUCACUGAAGAAGACGGAGGAAGAAGUCUCUUCCAGCGUGCCCACGAUGACCAGCAAAGCAUCAGGUUAUGAUGUGUUCAUUUCAUACUCGCAUCAGAACAAGACCCAUGCCAACAAGGUGUUGGAAACCCUGAAGUCGCUUGCUCCAGACUUAAGAAUCUUCAUUGAUACAGCCGGGUUGAAUACGGGGACCUCGUGGCAACAAAUACUGUACAAUGCGCUAGAUGCCUCCAGAAGCACCAUGGCGCUGUUGUCGCCAGACUACAUCAAAUCCAAAGUGUGUUACGAGGAAUUCUGUCUGUCACAUGCGCUGUUUGUGGAUAAAGACAGGUGUAUGGAUCUUGUAAGCUUGUUAGUGGAGCCCGUACAAGAACUGUCCCUCUGGUGCCAGCAGCCCGUCCCUGCUGACUGUGUCUCGUCACACUUAGACACUGACCAGGUUCUGUCUUCAAUCUGUGCUGACUUGGUUAAUAGACUGAAAGGUACCAAUAACAAGACAGACGACAUUCUCACGCAGCGGGUGCAUGAUCUGAAGAAGGAGGACCUUACACUUGAAUUGUCCAUGGACAACUACAGGAAAUCCUGCUUUGUGCUCCGAUCGGGUGUUCUCAAAACGCCUGUUGAAUUUACUAGCAGCAGAGAGAAAGAAUCUUUGAGGACGAGUCAUGCUAGCGACGUGGUUAUGUCUGUCGACGGCCACCAUGUCGGCGUUGAUUCUGAAUGCUCUCAAGUGACGUCAUCGAAACCUACGUCAGAGCAAUUGACGUCAGCGAGGUCUGCCACUUGCGAUGUGGCCCUGAGUUAUGCUGAAGGAGAUAAAAGAGCAGCGGUAAUAUUGAAGCAGCUACUACUCGAGAAAGUGCCCUCCUUGAAGAUCAGCGAGCCGGUGGCGGGAGACUUCUCCAGGGUGCAGUCGCUAGAUGCGGCGCGUGUUAUUGUCCCUCUUUUGUCGCCAGCCUUCUUGGCGUCGAGUGAACUAGUAGAGGAACUAAACAUUGCCAUUUUUCGGAAUCGAAGUGCGUCGCGGCGAAUACUGUUUCCAGUUCAGAUAGCGACAUAUCCUCCCAAACCCUCGUACGUUCAUUUGAUUCCGUGUGAAUUCUCGAACUCUGAUUACAAAUGGGCUCACAAAAUUGUCGACCUGAACCUACAAGGGGAAGUAUCUUUAUUGGCACAAAGGAAUUUUAUAGAUGUCGACGAGGCGUUUUGCUUGAAAAACGCGGCCACUUUGAUUUGCGAACGACUCGUAGAAGAAAGUAAACCGGUUUUAAGUCCUGUCAAUUGGGUUUUGCUGAAUGUUCACGUGAUAGAGGAGGAAUGGAAGCAAGUUAAAAUGGCGCUUCAGCAAGAAGAAGGACUAGAAUCUUGGAAAACAACAUUUGGAAUUGAAAUAAAGAGCACGGAAGGCGAUUUAAAGCCGGCCAGAAUAAUUGAACAAGAUGACGUGAUGCCAGACGUUGAAACUCAACUGGUAAUUGGUGACGAAAAUGAAUCGAAUGGGGUAGAGUUACAUCUAAAGGACAUCACAAACAAUGAGCAGAAUUCGACCGUGGGAUCUGAUAAUCAGGAUCAAUCUCAGGAGUUAACGAGAGAACAUUCCUUGGAAAAUGAAUCAAACAAGGUGGAAAAGAGUGUACGUUUUCAAGAUGAGUUGACAGACGAGCAACAUGCUGCUGUGGCAGCUGAUAAUCAGCCUCGAUCCCGGGAGCACGAGGGAGAGGCUAGGUCGAAAGACUCGAAAGAAUCAAAAGCUUGUUCUUUGUUAUAAGCCGAAGAUGUAUUUCUAGAAAAAUGAACAGGCGAAGGUAACAGAACUAAUUUACCACCAAGUCAUACCAUGCAGUCCGUGUUCAAUUUGGCGGGUCACGUGUCUUCUGAACCGGUAAUGCGAAGGGCAAAGAGUGUUUCAAUGAAGAGGAAACUAACUUCCUGCACUUGCGCAUUCUUUCACGUUUGCACUGCAGGUUUAUCAGUUCCAAAACGCCAGCAGUGUAGAAUACCUAUCUGAAACUAUAGCUUGCUAAAGACCCUGUUAUAUUAUUUUCUGGCAACUUUUCUCGAUAUUUUUUUUUUUUUGNGGGG